GCCUUCUUCGCUGCGACUUGGAUGUUGGUCGUCUGGAGAUUCUUGUCCCGAUCAACUCAUUCCGUGGCACUCACUGCGCAAGACAAUAUAAAGUCCCCAACUGCGCUCCAGAGGAUUAUACCAUUACAUAUUGCGCCCUGUACAACCAUGCGCGCAUAAACCCAUCUUCUCCCAAACACCAUGUCCCGAAAACACAUCCUGCGCCUCUGCGGCGCAGCAUCCAAACCAUUCCUCCAACCGCAAUUAGGAUACAUCAACCAUCGCCAUCAACAACAACUCCUCACCACCACCACCACCACCUCGUCCUCCAUCCUCCCUCAACUCAUCAUCAACCAUCAACGAACCUACUCAUCCACGACCGGAAAUGUCCCCCUGUCUCAAUUCCCCCCCUCAAACCGCCUCACCGGCCGAACCUGCAUGAUAACAGGCGGAACAUCGGGCAUCGGAUUCGCCAUCGCGGAACGAUUCCUCCAAGAAGGAGCAUCACGGGUGAUUCUCAUCGGACGAUCCUACGAGCGACUCCUCCACGCAGCAUCACGACUGGAGACUUGUCUUUCCAAGUCCGAACCAGUCGAGACCCCAUCCACCGACGCACACCAACCCACCACCAACCCAGGGAACCACCACCUCAUCCACUCCUCAGAGAGAAUAAGUCUCCUGGUCGGCGACAUCUCCGAAGCUGGAUCCUGGCUCCGCGAGCUCGAAAAGGCAAUGCAAACAACCAACCCCUCCAUCCUGAUAAACGCCGCCGGCCUCUCCAUCUCCUCCAUCCUCCCCAAAUCCGAACCGUCAGAUAUCUCGCGUAUCCUCCGCACAAACCUCGAAGGCGCAAUCCUGACAUCUCGCGCGUUCAUCCGCGCCUCGAUUCGCAAUCGUGUGAAGAAGCGCACGCCCUCCCCAUCCGCCUCGAUUGAACCACACGAACCCUCAAAAUGCAUCAUCAACAUCUCCUCCCUCCUCGCGCACAAAUCCGGGACGGGGGCUGUUCCCUACGCGGCUUCCAAAGCGGGGAUCCUGGGGUUGACGAGAUCGGUGGCUGUUGAGACGGCCGCGUCGUUGCGGGGUGUGGUUGUCAGGUCGAAUGCCAUUGUGCCGGGGUAUAUUGAGACGCCAAUGAUUUCGGAUUUCACAGAAGGUGAAACCGCCCGAUUGAGAGAGACUAUCCCCAUUCGCCGAUUCGGUCGGGCGGACGAAGUGGCCGAUGCGGCGGUGUUCCUGGCGCAGAAUGAGUAUGCGAAUAAUUGUGUGCUGAAUCUGGAUGGGGGGCUGAGUGCGGUUUGA